AUGCCAAGAUUCCCGAACUUGAAAAAAAAUUUGCUGAGAUUAAAAUCUGAAAAUGUGAAGCUGAAGCAGAUUAUUGAGGAGAAUGUAAAGUGUGAUAUUAGAGUCGAGGAAUUAGAGCAAAAGAAUAAAGAGCUUGAGGCUAGGCUUUCAGUAGUGGAACAGAGUUCUGUGGUUGUGGAUGGACAACCACAGAAUGACUCACGGAGCGAGGAUGCUAACGCAUCCAAGGAAGCGAUACUAGAGAUAUUACCAGAGGUAUCUGCUGAUGUAGUAGACCAGCUCAAGAAACAUGCGCCUGUUUGUAAAGCAAAUGAUGUGGUAUCAGAAGUGUUACCAGAGGUCAAUUCCAAGUUACUGGAGGAGAGAGAGAUGGAUAAAUUCUUGAAUGAGACACAUAAGAAAAAUGUUAGUAAUAAAAUAAGGCAAAACAAUAAGAAGCUUCAACGUGAUUUGACUGCUCAGGAUCUGGCUACUGCCAGCUCGGGGAAUGACCAGAGUCAUUAUCAGGAUGAAAUUGAUGUGGUUGACACAAGUCAAAUCAUAGAACAAGGUCUAAUUCAAGAAUUGAUCCAGAAUUAA